AUGGUGAGAACUAACAAAGCAAACAGAAGAGGUAAGGAGAUGAAUGAUGGGAACAAAGAUGUGGAUCCUCAAUUAUGGCAUGCGGUUGCGGGAGGAAUGGUGCAAAUUCCAGAAGUUAACUCUAACAUCUUCUACUUUCCUCAAGGUCAUGCCGAGCAUGCUUAUGAACAGGUUGAUUUUAGUGUUGACUUCAAAAUUCCAUCUUUUAUUCCAUGUAGAGUUGUGGCCAUUGAUUAUAGGGCUGAUAUUGACACAGAUGAGGUGUAUGCAAAACUCCGGCUUGUUCCUUUGCAUAUUAAUGAGGUUAGUUAUGAUGAUGUUGCUGCUGGCAUCGAUGAGAUGUCGGAGACUAAGAGUAAAUAUCAGUCUUAUACAAAAAUAUUGACGCAAUCUGAUGCAAACAAUGGUGGUGGAUUUUCAUGUCCUAGGUAUUGUGCAGAAACCCUUUUUCCUCCGUUAGAUUAUACAGGUAUCCCUCCUUCUCAAUACAUAUAUCCCACGGAUGUUCAUGGCAAAAUGUGGGAAUUCAAACAUGUAUAUAGGGGCACGCCGAAGCGGCAUUUGUUAACCACUAACUGGAGUGAUUUUGUAACCGAAAAGCUACUUGUUUCGGGGGAUUCACUUGUGUUUUUGAGGGCUGAAAACGGUGAUCUUCAUAUUGGGAUUCGAAGGUCUAAAAGACUAAAAGAUAUUGGAUUUAACCCUUCAUCAAAGAGGAAAUCUGGUAGUGAAAUUGGAUUUCGUAUUGGUUCAUUCUUCGGACUUACCUCCUCUUCAGAGGAGAAGGAUAAUAAACUUCAAACGAAUGAUAAAGAAAAUGGAUUGAGAAAAAGUGAUAAUAUUUUGGGUAGGGGAAAAGUGAAGGCUGAACAUGUUCUCGAAGCAGUAAGACUUGGUGUCAAUAUGCAACCGUUUGAUGUUGUUUACUAUCCUCGGGUUGAUACUCCCGAGUUUUUUGUGAAAACUUCUUCGAUUAGAAAAGCACUUCAGAUUCGUUGGUGUUGUGGAAUGAGGUUCAAGAUGGCCAUUGAAACCGAAGACUCGUCAAGGAUAAGUUGGUUUUUGGGAACAAUCGCUUCUGUUCAGGCUGCUGAUCCAGCAUGGCCCGACUCUCUUUGGAGAUUUCUGCAGGUUACAUGGGAUGAAGCUGAUUUACUUAAAAGUACGAAAAGGGUGAAUCCGUGGCAAGUGGAAAUAAUAUCGAGCAUGCCUUCAAUCCCUUUUUCCUCUUUCUUGCCAUCAUCAAGGAAGAAACUGAGAUUGCUUGAACAUGAAGCUUUCCCCACUGAUGGCCAAUUUUCAAUGCCAACUUUUCCAAACUACAUUCAAACUCCAAAUGUUCCAAUUUUUCAUGGUAUGCAGGGAGCCAGGCAUAAUCCUUUUGGUCUCUCUUUAUCAGACCUUCACGUCAAUAAGUCUCCAUUAGGUCUGUUUAACUCCGAUUUCCAACCACCAUUUGAUCCUAAUGCUACAACAUCGAUGACUGUCCCAACUAACCCAACUAAAGCUGUAUUGCAAAAGGCGAACACUGUCCCAACUAACCCAACUAAAGCUGUAUUGCAAAAGGCGAACGACAGUGAGAAUGUUUCGUGCUCACCAUCAGAGAAACAGGAUCAUGCAUUGCAAAAGGCGAACGACAGUGAGAAUGUUUCGUGCUCACCAUCAGAGAAACAGGAUCAUGCAUUGCAAAAGGCGAACGACAGUGAGAAUGUUUCGUGCUCACCAUCAGAGAAACAGGAUCAUGCAUUGCAAAAGGCGAACGACAGUGAGAAUGUUUCGUGCUCACCAUCAGAGAAACAGGAUCAUGCAAAGCCGACUCAGAUUGUGCUUUUUGGCCAAACCAUACGGAUUGACGCGGGGCAUGAAAAUGCCGUGAAGGAAAUCACUACUAAUUUUUCUAGUCUUCUACAAGAUCCGCCAAAAGAAUCCUCUGGUGAGAGAGAGGCUUGUGAAUGUAAUCCCAAGAACCAAUGCAUAGAAGAAAUUUUGGUAGGAGAAACAUUGGAGAUUGAACAUUCAGCGACUUCUUCAAAAGAGAUAGGAGGUUGA